UUUGCAUCCGACUUGCGAUGGCCACAGCUGUCGCUCCUGCUGCUUUUGCAGCCAUCGCCGUUGUCGAAGCCACCGCCGUCCGUCCGAGCAUGGACCACCGAGAGAUUCCCAUCGCUGCGCUCGUGGAUGAUCGGCCGUCGUACCGCGUGGACUGGUGGGUGCGACCCUCAACCAACGCGAUGGGCAAGUUGUUCUCCAAGAAAUCGUCGUGGCAGUGGUGCCAGGUGGCGCUGGUGGGGCAGACGCUGACCGUGUUCCACCACGACAAGUCGCUUCUAUCGCUCGCCACGCCAUCUAGCACCUUGGCUCGUUCGUCGGGGGGUCAAUCUACCUACGUGUUGAGUGGCAACGGCGGCGUGGAGCUGCUGGAACUUCAUUGUCCCAGCGCCACGGCCAUCCAGAAGCUCGUGGCCGCGUUCGGCGCGUCCCAAACAUCCGAACACUGGACGUUUCCUACCUCGUCUUCUGUCUUGGACGAGUUGGUAGACGUGGCCAAAACCAUCGUCGAAGGCGCGAACGUAUCGCCCAAGAAGCGACCGGUGGUGCCGACGCCGUCGACGGCCACCGUGGCCCAGGUCCAAGCGCACAUCCGACGCCUCGUCGCGAUCUACAAUGACAUGAGCGCGGUGGCCACGUCCAAGGAAGCGCUGUACAAGGCCGUGCUCCAGCUCGAAGCCGACUACAUGGCUGACCAAUCCACUUUGUCCCCGCUCGUGGCCUUGGUGCUCGAGGCGUACCCUGACUUGGAGUACGCGACCACGGCGUUUCAAGUGUCCAUCACAGAAUGCCCCGUGUGCGAGACCAGUUUGCACUUAAAGCAAACAAUUGACAUACACGUAGGGGGCAAGAUGCUGCACUGUCGGUACUGCCACACAGUGCUCUCGUACGAGACGUUUCUACUGGCGGACUUGGUCAAGAACCACCUCCCCACGACCGUCGAGUUCCAAGUCGGAUUGUUUAGCAAGUCGACGCACGUGCUGCCCAUGCCGGGGGUACCCGCGGACGGCAAAGUCAAGACAUUCGUGGACACAUUGUGGGGCGUCCUGAGUGAUUUUUCCACUAAGGGCGGGGAUAAGUGCCCCCGACAUGUGUACGCUGACGUGAUGGGACCCGUCGCCAAGGUACUGUAUCGCACAGACUUGGUGCAGCACAUGUAUCGCGUGCUGCUGUUGACGUCGCACGUGGCCAGCCACGCCGAGUACUGGGCCCUUCCCGUCGUGAUCCAAGCCAGCAUUCAUCGCUUCGACCAGUUCCGCCACAUUGCGCAAAACGUCGUGGCGGUGGGGUCGCCGGUCGCGUCAAUUGACAUUGCCCUUGUCGCACAAUCCGUCCAAGUGUUUGAAACGAGUUUGAUCUUGCCGCGGGACCACGGCAGCCGCUCGCUCAACGUGCGGCUGGCAGAGACCGCCGUGUUGUUCCACGAAGCGUUCUUCGAGCCGUACGCGCCGUCCAUCGGGCUCAACCAGGCGCUGUGGCUGUCCACUAAAGUGUUUGUCCAGAGCCAAAAGAAGCGGUGGGACCAGGCACAUGUGCAAGUGGCAUCCCGUGACAGCCAGUUUCGAGGUGUCCAAGAGGUGUUUCCUGCGCGGAGGUUGCGCCACGUCACGGCGCUGGCCCACCGGCCCGACGAGGAUGACGUGGCUGUGGCCGUCCUCGGGGCCUUUGAGUACGACGUGCGCGUGGGAAAUGCGACCAAGUUGCGCAGGGCGUUGGUCGCAGACCCGUCCUUGCUGUACGACAUUCCAAGCAUUCAAAAGCACACGACCAAGUUUUCCAUUUUUCUCAAAAAAAAGUAGAAAAAUCUGCCAACACAUGUGAUGUAACUAGUUGUAGUACAAUAUAUAUUAUUGAGCGUGUAAUAAGUCGUUAUUCGGGG